UCCUCCGCGGAAACUUUUCCGCCGGCUGGUCCAUCGGCCCGUGUCCGGCCCGCGCUGCCGCGGCCUGGGAGCCGAGCGGGGCAGGCGGGGCAGCCGGGACCGGACUGGGUGGGAGCGGCGGGGUCCCGGGUGUAUGCAGCCGCCGGACGCGCCGGGCCGGCAGCGGGGAAGAGGGGCGCUGACGGGCGGACGCUGGGGGCUGCGCUUCCAGCGAGGGAAGCUACCUUGAGGAAGCGGGGUCAGGAUCAGCUCUGGGCUGGGGAGUGGGAUCUGACCUUGCUGACCUCGCAGGCUGACAGGGGGGCUGCCCCUCCGCCCCCAGAGCAGCAUGGAUGCCCCACGGAGGGACAUGGAGUUGCUGAGCAACAGCCUGGCGGCCUACGCACACAUCCGCGCUAACCCCGAGAGCUUUGGCCUCUACUUCGUGCUGGGAGUCUGCUUUGGCCUGCUGCUGACCCUGUGUCUACUAGUCAUCAGCAUCUCCUGUGCGCCCCGCCCGCGGCCCCGGGCCCCUGCGCCGCGCCGGGACCCCCGCGGCAGCACCCUGGACCCCGAGGACGAGGACGAGGACGACGAGGACACGGUGACCCGGCUGGGCCCCGACGACACGCUGCCGGGCCCCGAGCUGAGCGCCGAGCCAGACGGGCCGCUGAGCGUCAACGUCUUCACGUCGGCAGAGGAGCUGGAGCGGGCGCAGCGCCUGGAGGAGCGGGAACGGAUCCUGAGGGAGAUUUGGCGCACCGGGCAGCCGGACCUGCUGGGCACCGGCACCCUGGGGCCCAGCGCCUCGGCCACAGGCACCCUGGGUCGCAUGCACUAUUACUGACCGGCCCCUUUCCACUGCAGAGAGCUCUGCGUAGUGGACAUGCGCAGGAACUCACAGCGGCCCCAGGACGUUGGGACUGCCCCUGCCCACGGUGCUAUGGAGGCCCCGCCCCCACAGCUCCCCCAGUGCUAUUGGGCCUGGAUCCCCACCUUCUGGGAUACCCAGUCCUGCCACAAAGCCCGUGGGGGACAGGACACAGGGUUCCCCAGCCCCUUUCGUGGGAUCGGUUAAGAGAUGACCAAUGAAAACUGCAUUCUCAGUGA